AUGCCCCUGUUUAAAGCUCUUCCCAAGGUCCUCGUACCCGAGAAGCUUUCACCAGAUGGCCUAGCUUUACUACGCAGCUCCUUGGAAGUCGAUGAGCGCAAAGGGUUGUCCGCGGAACAACUACUCGAGAUAAUUUCCAACUACGAGGCUCUUCUCGUCCGUUCGGAGACCAAGGUUACUGCUGCAGUCUUGCAAGCAGCUAAACGAUUGAAGGAUGCGCCAGCCUCAAGGGUGGGAAAUGGGAGCGUAGAAAAGGUAGGUGUUUCCGCACUUGCUUCAGUUCGCACACUAUAUCUGACUUUCUCCGCAGUAGGAUUGACCGUGGCUCGAAUUGCGAAGGGUCUUGGUAUGACUGUCCACGCUCUGGAUCCAUAUGCGCCCCCUGCAGCAGCUGCAGCAGUCUCGGCUAUCUUGAUCUCGUCGUUGCCGGAGCUUCUGGCAUCUGCAGAUUUCUUGACAAUUCAUACUCCCCUCAUUGCCUCAACACGGGGAAUGAUAAGCGAUGCGGAAUUAGCACAGAUGAAGACCGGUGCUCGUAUUCUCAAUGUUGCAAGGGGUGGAACUAUUGAUGAAGCCGCCCUGCUCAGGGCCCUGGACUCUGGCCAUUUGGCUGGAGCGGCAAUUGAUGUCUUCACAUCUGAGCCACCGGAUUCCGAGUCCACUGCAGCAAAGUUAAUUGCACAUCCAAGGGCAAUUGCGACACCACACCUCGGUGCAUCUACAGUGGAGGCUCAAGAAAAUGUAUCUGUGGACGUAUGCGAGCAAGUCCUCGAUAUUUUGAAGGGGUCGCUGCCACGAAGUGCGGUGAACGCCCCUCUCAUUUUGCCUGAAGAGUAUCAGAAGCUUCAGCCAUUUGUCUAUCUUGUUGAGAAAAUGGGUAGCUUGUAUACUCAACACUAUGCCUCCAUGCCUGGAGGAUCUAUGGCUCGGAACACAUUCGAUCUUAUCUACCGAGGAGAAGUAGCCAGCAUGAAUAAUACCAAGCCGCUCUUUGCCGCCUUGAUAAAGGGUCUCCUCCAGCCCAUUACUGGUGCGGAGGGAUUCAAUGUUAACAUCGUCAAUGCUGAGCUGGUGGCCCGUGAGCGUGGGAUUUUUGUGUCAGAGCAGAUUUCUCGAGACCCAGAGGACGACUCAUCAUACUCGUCCCUUGUCACGCUUGUCGCACGUCCACCGUCUCGUACAUCAUCACGAGCUCCUAGCACAACCGACAGCUCUGCGGAGGCACCUCAACCGCAUCAACGAAUCAUCUCGGGGACUUGCUCGGGUGGUCAACCCCUGAUCACGCGGCUGGGACGUUUCGAAGCAUCCUUUGAAGCAAAAGGAAUCCUCCUCAUUUGCGAGAACUAUGACUCGCCAGGCAAGAUUGGUGUUGUAGGCAGUAUUCUCGGCAGAGAGGGUGUGAACAUCAAUUCCAUGACUGUAUCAUCCGUUUCUUCCAAGUUGACAAGUACUGGCUCGAACGUUGAGCUCUCAGCCAAGGAUGCAAGCUCUGUAAACAAAGAAGCUCUCAUGAUUUUGGGAAUUGAUCGGGUGGUUCAAUCGCACGUAACUGCUGAUUUGAUCAAGGAGGGUGGUGUCCUCAGUGCCUGUGCCGUCACCCUCUGA